AGAGCCUGGCAGCGCCAUGAGCAGCAAUAUCUUCUUAUGUGAGGAAGGUCUCUUAUUAAUCAGAAACACUGAAUGGAAACCAAUCAGAUAGAGAGUUCCUUUGGCUUCAGCUUCCUGCUUGUCUGUGUUAAAAGUGAUGCUCGCAGAGGGAGGCACACGGAGAUGCCUGAAGAUUCCACUGUGAGGAGACUAUAAAGAGGAGGAAUGAGACAGAAGCAAGAAGGGGCUUGCCAGAACUGAGCGGGGCUGAACUCAGGUCCAUCGCUGAAAAAAGUUGCUAUAUUUUGUUCUCUCUCUCUCGAAAUUGGGAAGCAGGAGAAACAAAGGACACAUUGACUUUGAUAUCUUGCUGAAGCUUCAAAUCAUGAGGAGGUACUGUUGCCUUCCAUUGCUCAUCUGGACCUUUGUGUUUCCUACAUGUGAUGCUAGCCCAUUACAGGAAGAACUGAAUAAUCAGUCACCCAACAAAAAGACAGUGGGUUUGACAAAGGACGAUGGCAAAUUUCUGCAUCGCACCAAGCGUGGCUGGAUGUGGAAUCAGUUCUUCUUGUUGGAAGAGUACACAGGUACAGACACCCAAUAUGUAGGCAAGCUUCACACUGACCAGGAUAAAGGAGAUGGAAAUUUAAAAUACAUACUAACAGGAGAUGGGGCUGGUAAUUUGUUCGUUAUAGAUGAAAACACAGGAGAUAUUCAUGCUGCAAAGAAAUUAGACAGAGAAGAAAAGUCCCUCUACAUUCUCCGUGCCAAAGCUAUAGACAGGAAGACUGGGAGGCAGGUGGAGCCUGAAUCUGAGUUUAUCAUUAAAAUCCAUGACAUCAAUGACAAUGAGCCGAAAUUUACGAAAGAAUUAUACACCGCCAGUGUUCCUGAAAUGUCUGGAGUUGGUACAUCGGUUAUACAAGUGACUGCCACGGACGCGGAUGAUGCCAACUAUGGAAACAGUGCCAAAGUCGUCUACAGCAUAUUGCAAGGACAGCCGUAUUUUUCAGUGGACCCAGAAUCAGGCAUCAUAAAAACUGCGUUACCAGACAUGAGCAGAGAAAACAGGGAGCAGUACCAAGUGGUUAUCCAAGCCAAAGACAUGGGUGGCCAAAUGGGAGGUCUUUCUGGAACCACCAUAGUGAACAUCACGCUGACCGAUGUGAACAACAAUCCUCCUCGAUUUCCGCAGAGUACAUAUCAGUUUCAUUCUCCUGAGUCUGUUCCUCUUGGAAGCCAUCUUGGAAGGAUAAAAGCCAAUGACCCUGAUGUCGGGGCAAAUGCUGAAAUGGAAUACAGCAUUGCUAAAGGAGAAGGAGCAGACAUGUUCGAUGUUAUCACAGACAAGGAUACACAGGAAGGGAUUAUAACUGUCAAACAGAAUUUAGAUUUUGAAAGCAAAAUGCUGUACACUUUAAGGGUGGAUGCGAGUAACACUCACCCUGAUGCACGAUUUCGACACUUGGGACCUUUCAAAGACACGGCUGUGGUCAAAAUAUCUGUAGAAGAUGUAGAUGAGCCCCCUGUGUUUAGUAAAAGGUACUACUUGAUAGAAGUAGAUGAAGAUGUCAAAGAGGGCAGCAUCAUUGGUCAGGUGACCGCAUAUGAUCCAGAUGCCAUGAGCAACUUAAUAAAAUAUUCUGUUGAUCGGCAUACUGACAUGGACCGGAUUUUUAGUAUCCAUUCGGAAAAUGGUUCUAUUUACACUUUGAAGCCUCUUGACCGAGAAUCCUCUCCUUGGCACAAUAUCACCAUUACAGCCACAGAAAUAAAUAACUCAAAACAAAGUAGUCACAUCCCUGUCUUCAUCAGGAUACUAGAUAUAAAUGACCAUGCUCCGGAAUUUGCCAUGUACUAUGAAACAUUUGUUUGUGAAAAUGCAAAACCUGGGCAGCUGAUUCAGACUGUCUCUGUCAUGGAUAAAGAUGACCCUCCCCGAGGACACAAAUUCUUCUUUGAGCCAGUGCCAGAAUUUCCUCUUAAUCCCAACUUCACCAUUGUAGACAAUAAAGAUAAUACGGCAGGAAUCAUGACUCGAAAAGAUGGGUAUAGUCGCAACAAAAUGAGCACCUAUUUACUUCCCAUUUUAAUCUUUGACAAUGAUUAUCCGAUUCAAAGCAGCACUGGCACGCUCACGAUUCGUGUAUGUGCCUGUGACAGCCAAGGAAACAUGCAGUCCUGCAACGCAGAAGCCCUGGUCCUGUCAGCUGGCCUGAGCACUGGGGCUCUCGUGGCUAUCCUUCUCUGUGUCCUCAUACUUCUUGUUUUAGUCGUGUUGUUUGCUGCAUUGAAGAGACAAAGGAAAAAGGAACCUCUGAUCAUUUCAAAAGAUGACGUCCGGGACAACAUUGUAACCUACAAUGACGAAGGUGGUGGGGAAGAAGACACCCAAGCUUUUGACAUAGGUACAUUAAGGAACCCAGAAGCACGUGAAGAUAGUAAACUGAGGAGAGAUGUCAUGCCUGAAACUAUCUUUCAAAUCAGGAGGACUGUGCCCCUGUGGGAAAACAUUGACGUGCAAGAUUUUAUUCAUCGACGGUUGAAAGAAAAUGACUCUGAUCCCAGCGCACCACCUUAUGAUUCCCUGGCAACCUACGCUUAUGAAGGGAAUGAUUCCGUAGCAGAUUCCCUUAGUUCUUUAGAGUCUCUUGCCCCAGACUGUAACCAAGAUUAUGAUUACCUCAGUGACUGGGGCCCUCGUUUUAAAAAGCUCGCAGAUAUGUAUGGAGGUGAUGACAGUGACAGAGAUUAAGGGAGUCCUAUGACUUGACCCAUGUUAGUGGAAUUACUGUCUUUCUUGCCAGAUUGAGUGGCCUGCAUUCUCUUCCUUGGAUGAUUUUGUUUAAUUGAAAUUAUAAACAAUACGUAGGUGUUGUCUUAGGAUUUGCAUAAUCAGUAAGUUUCUGUGAAUGAACAUGAAUGACAUAGAUUUAAAAAAAUAAUAAUAAUAACCAGUUCAAGCUCUUUAUCUAACAAGGAAGGAAAGUAUAUGACAUCAAUAAUCAAUAAGAAUAUACAUAAAAGGCUUUUUGUGCCUUUUCUUAGCUAUAACAACUUUAUAAAUGUUUUCUUAACAGUUACCUUUAAUAUAAAAGCAUUGUGCAAUUGCUUUGUAAAUUGAUAUUUAAGAACUAUACCCCUAAGGAAAAAGGAAUGUCUAUUACUGCCAUAUUUAUUUAGUUGAAAAAUGUAUUUGUGUUAAUUAAUUUAUUCAUAUUUUUAUAAAUGUAUAUUUAUAUUUUUGUAUUUUUAUGAAAUAAACUAGUAUUUAUAAAA